AUGCAGCCCAAGAUGCAACGCAUCCUCAUCCUCCUCCUCUCUGCCCUCUUCCUCUUCUCCCCCUUCACCCUGGCCACUGCAGGCGAUAUCCAACCACCCGUCGACGGCGCCCCAUACCCCGAACUCCACGACAACAUCCGCUGCGUCGAUGGCCUCCACAUCGUCAUCGCAACCGGCUACGACGAAAGCGAAAACCAAGCCACAGCCAUCGAAACCCACGACCUAGUCAGCAUCGCGAAAUCCAUCUCCGCCUUGGUUCCCAACUCCUCCGCCGUAGGGGUACAUUACCCCUACAUCGUCAUCCGCGUCGACUCCAAUUUCAUGGUCCAAACCUACAAAGGCGUCCACCUCCUCAAACAACACAUUGAAAAGUACAUCAACAAAUGCGGCGAAAACUCCAAAAUCGCCCUCUUGGGUUUCGCACAGGGAGCCCUCAUCGUCACAGACGCCUUCAUCGGCAGCGGCUCCAACCUAGGCAACGACAACAUGUUCCCCUACAACACCCCCGCCGAGAAUAAAUGGAGUGCAGGUAUCGGACCCAUUGCGAACAUCUACAACAAACAUGUCAUUGCGGCCGCUGUCUUUUCCUCGCCGACGGCUUUUGCUGAUGAGGCGUAUAGUCGGGGCACGGCGCAUAGUGAUGGCAUGUAUGCGAAUUCGAGGGGGCCCUUGAAGGAGGAUGGGUCGAGGUUCAGAAGUUAUUGUGAUGAUGGGGAUUUUAUGUGUGCGGCGCUCAUGACGGGUUUGCCUAAGGGGAGUCAUACCAAGACUGUGAGGAAUUAUGCUGAGGAGGCCAGCGAGUUUAUUGUGGGGGCUUAUGAGAGGGCUAUGGGGGUUGUGAAGACGGAGGUGGGUGGUGAAGAAGGUGUUGAGAUUGAGGGUGAGGAUUAG